AUACGUCUAUUUCUGACUUUCCUUUUACUCCCGAUGAAUAUUGCACUCAGAAUUUAUUAUGUGGGAGGAACUAGAUGGGUUCGGAGGCUCAAUCAAAGCUGGAGGUAGACUAUAACAAGCACUACUAGCAGGAGGUAGCAAGUAAAGAACAAGGAUCGACAUUGACUGAGAAGAGGUCGUUAAGAAAUAAGAUACCUUAGGUGCCCUCGUGGCCAGCAAAGAUGAUGACACUAAGGGACGCUGAGAGUAGGCCAGGUUGGCGAAUUGCCCUAGGAUCUUGAGGUUUAAGUGCACAUUUUUUUAAAAGAAUCUUGGAUUAGCACUAAGUACUGGGAUAAAAUGGAUGUAUCGGGAUAAAAUAACAGCAAAAAAUGCAAAGAUGAAAUUACUAAGGUCAAUAGUACUACCAUGACAAGUUGUGGUUCUGAAUGGUGGGUAAUGGUAAUUUUUAUGGCGGCCGUCAUUAUUAUGGGGAUAAAAGUGAUGAUGAUAAUGUUUAUAACGACGGCAGAGGUGGUGAUAAACAUAAUCAUGCUGAUUAUUAUGAUAAUGGCCACGAAUAUGAUGGUGAUUAUGAUCAUAGUGAAUGCCCUUCAGAACCCAUACGCAUAUGCACCAAAUAUGCAUGCAUUUGACAUAAGGAUUAGACAAAACUCUCUGCAAAGAAUGACAAUUGUAACGCUGAUUCUCGAACAAACAAAUCGGCGACAUUUUAAAUAAAGGCCUUACAGAGCUUAUCUAUGGAUUUCCGCUAUGCCAAUACCUUGUUGGCAUUUUAGAGCAUCUGCAAAGAGUGGCAGUGUUGCGCCAAAGCAUUUGAAUACAACGGAUUGGCAUCAUGCUUCCUUGAAACUCAAGAAAUCCAGUUUUACUAGAAUAAAGCAACUAUACUGUUCAAGAAAUAUACCAUGCUUCUGUAACGAGGUUGGUUCGUUUAGAACUACUAAAGAUUCCAUAUAGUUUUUUAAACAAUUAAUUCUCUGACUUUAUGUCAAUAGAAAGCAUGCUAAUGAAAAUGUUUUCAUGAAGGGGAUGAAAGGCUCUGUGUCUACCAUCAAAAACUGUUCAACUUCGUAGAAAAUUCGCUAAAUCAUAUCUUGAUAAAAAAAUCAGGAAAAAGUGGUGCAUUUAGCUGAGUAUAAUGUUCUGAUGCCUUGUUUAAACUAGAAGCAAUGGUGCUUAUGGUGAAACAUGACGAGUUGUUCUUCGUAGAGUAUCUCUAUUAGCAACUAGGGGCUGGAACGUUUCGCCAGUCUUUUAGGGGCUGCGUACUACAGGGCGUUCCAUCCGUGGUCUAUCAUUUGCAACAUUGAUAAUUGGGUUAACAAACUGCAAACGUCAAGCAGACUUCUUCAAAUGCAAUCGAACUUCCCAUAUUUGCACACAUUCGAACGGCAGUGCAAACAUUGCAAAUUUUGGGGAAACAUGUGCUUUGCAAAAAAAGUAAUUAUUGCCCAUAACUGAGAUCACAAAAACUUGCACGCAACUGGUUCACAUGCACUGCAGCACUGCGAAUAUGAUUGAACGCUGUGUUGGAAUUUGCUUACACAGUCUUUAGAAGAAUUUUGAUUAGGAGUUGGUUUGCCUAAUCUAAUGAUUCAAAACAUCGUGGACUGGGUAUAUCCCUUAGGUGAACUCGUGGCAUCACUACCUGUCGUUUGAAAGGUCUCAUUAAUUACGCUUUCUUACUGAUUACUAUUGUUUCAGGAACGUUACUUGAUUUUUUACAUUACACACACAUUUUUCAUAAGAAAACCGAGCCUUAAGAUAACAAGAAAAAAUAAAAAAAGAUAGCAUUGAUCAACUCCAGCUUUAAGAGAGUGUAGCUUUUGCGAUUAGUCCCCAUUCUGAAUGCCAACCAGGCAGGACAACAGUAAUGGAGAUGCGACUAAGCAAUUUCACGAUACAUUUACAAAAGUAUCCUUAAGAACUAGUCUCUUGGCACAUUUAAAAAAUCCUGUGGGACAGCAAUUUUUAGAUCAUUAAGAAAUGGUUUCAUCCGUUUUUAGCUAAUGGUUGAGCAAUAUGAAUUCCCUAGGUGGUUGACGUUAUCAAACACCACUUCGUAACCAUCAAAGUCAUAAGAAAGGGAUUGCACUAGUUUUAUAGGUUAGAUAGAGCGAGAUCCAAAAAUAAUCUCCUGUGUCUCCGAGACAAUCUGGGAUUUUAAAGAACUUAUUGCUCUGGGGCCAUAUCCUUAACGAAGUAAAUUCUUUGUUGGGCAUCGUGUUCAGAUCUUCGACACUCCUUGUGGAAAUAAAUAUACUGAUGUCUGCAGCUUGCAUUGCUAUCUGGCAGGCUUUUUAGACAAAUUGGCCUUUGAUAGAAAAAAUAAAAAAAAGAGUCCAAGACAACAUUCCCGUGGAACAUCAAAGUAUGAAUAUUCUUUUAAUGGCAAAGUACUGUCGAACUUACCUAACUGCCAUCUUGCCUGAAAAUAAAAUGUAAAAUUAGAAAUGUUCACUACCAAGAAAUGCAUAUUUCUGUAUCUUUUUAACAGGUUACCAUCACUUAUAGUAUCGAAAGAUCGAAAGCUUUAUUAAAUCAGCAAUGCAUGAUUCAAGACCCAAGCUUAAAGUUCUUAUCUCCUUACAGACGACAUCCACUUUCUUAUCUUCGUUUGAAAUCAUUCUCCAUAUGUUUCGACAGAAAAACGAAAAUUCCAAUAGAAAAAAGCAAACCAGAAGGCAAACCCGAAUUCCAACCAUUAAAACAUAGUUCGAAAGGAUCUCUUCCUUCGAUUUAAUCAAACUAAUUAACUCCAAAAGCGCACAGAAUGCUUAAGUCAAUACCCGAUACUCAUUAGCCUUAAGCAUAAAGAUCAAAUUAGAAGAACAACAAACAAUUUACUUCAUAGCAUUUCAUUUUUGGUAAUUCGAGCGUUUGAUGAAUUGAGCUUUCGAAAUUUCGAGACUUUUAAAUAGUUCGAUGUUUCGGUACUUCGAGCUCUCGAUAUUCGAACUUUCGAUCAUUCGAAUUUUCCAUAGUCGAAUUUUUGUUUUUCAAUAACUUUGAUAACGAAUGAAUUUUCGAUAACUUUUUUCCUUCGAAUUUCGAAUUAUUCGGCGUUUUUUUAUUUGUAAAAAACGAAGAUUUCAACUGCAGGAGAAAAAACUUGAACAAAUCUUGGCAAAUCCUAGUCAAUUUCGUGAGUUUACCCCAUAUACUUGUGCAUAUGGAGUGGUCCGGACUGAAGAGCAAGUCAAUUGAAAUUUAACACGAUUUUGGGCUCGGGUUCUGCAACAGGCAAAGCAGUUUUUUGCGAUCUGGAAAGAUGGCUACAAAACAUUUUCUUGUUAAAGGCAAUCUGUCUCGUUUUGGAUUGGUUAACGAGAACAAUAGCUGGAACAAUAGCCUAAACAGCAUAGCGGUCAAAUCUUUGAUUGGCUGAGAGCUCUGUUCGCUACCAUAUUCUAAGCCAAUCAGCACACAGGAUUUUCACAACAAAAUCGCUUCGCAGCUAGAAUUAGGCCCAUUUUCGCCAUUUCAGCGUGUUUUUACCACAUUGUCUACAAAAAACAUUGCACGCCUCUACAAAGCGAUUUUCCACUUUAUUUUUUGUCCAGUUCAUCAUCAUGCGUUGCUAUUUAACCUAUAUUGGCGCCACUGUUCGGUCGCAAAGAAUAAUAUAAAAAAACACCUCGCAAAUGAACGAUAAAUUUCGUGUCGAGAUUCAGGCAAAUUACGUUUUUACCUCUCCCCACCCAAAACGCUUUAGAAAUUCAACAUUUAGAUAAAAUCAAUUAUAUACUUACCUUAAAUCUAGGAAUGGUUCAUAAUCCCGUCAAAGAUGCCUUCACUGUUCAGCCUUAGAUUCGCGGUGAUCGCCAAUGUAAUUAUUACAACGGCACGAAGGCUUUCAUAUUCACCCUCGAAAUAAAUAAAUGUAUCUUUGUCCUCUGGAAUCAAAAUUGAUUUCAUAAAAGUGAAAAAUUUUCAGCAAUAGCCCAAAGUAAUUUCAAUCAUAAUUGUCCAAAGACAAUUGACCAUUAUUACUAAUUUUAUGCGAUGAAAAUGGCGUAUACACUCACGCGGUAAGACUGGGAUCUAAUAAAAUUUGAAAACGGCGAAAAAAUUUCGAGGGUGCGUUUUCGUCAAUUUUUCCCGCGUUUUCGUCAAAAUUUCAAAAAUAGACUUUAAAGUUAGUAUGAUUCGAUUGAGAGAGUUAUUUUGGGUCACUUGUAAUAUUUUUCUUGUUCAAUAACAUAAAAGUUUCUUAAUCAAUAUAAAUUUUUUCGCGUCUUGAAUAAGAAAAUUUUUCGCAAAAUUUAUGAGCUAUCUGCUUACCUUUACGCUCGCUUACACCUUCAAAUUUUCCCAACCUGUAGGGUGAAAACUUCUCUUUCCUUUGCUGCAAGCUCCCUCCCAAAGAUUGCAUUUGUCACCAUCAUAUCUUUUGCUUUGUUCUGCGACCGUGAAGGCCAAACAUGUAAACUCCAAAGACUUUUUUUGUUCUAGACGCUUAAUUUACUUUCCUUUCCUCAACGAUGGAAGCGCGAUAUCUUAAGGAGUCAAAAUAAAGAAGUUGAACUUUAGUCGCUAUAACGCCAUUUGCACCGGACUUUUAAAUUCUUGAUUUACAAAAUUGGAUCCUUUACAUCAAUUACAACGUUGAUGAUAUGAUUUGCCCCUCUAUUUGUAAAAAUUGCCUCCAAAUGCGCAUUUGAAGCUCGUUGAGCCGCAGCCAUCUAUUUGCACCUCUCCGGAGGUGUUCCUGCUAUAAUCAAGAGGGACCCCCGAUUUCAUUUCGAUCCUUUAUAUGUUCUGAUGUCGAAACAAGAGUCAAAAUAAAGUCCCGGCAAUAAGCGAUUUCACAGUUUUUGCCGCCAUUAUGAAUUGGCAAAAAUGGCGGACACGCAGCAAACGAGCAAAUUACCGCAGAAUUUCCAGUCAAUUUUGUAGCUAGAAUUGCUGAUAAAAUUAGGCAGCAAUCAGCUAAAUUAGAAUUUAAAUGUUCCUUUUUUACAAUAAGCAACUCACAAACAGCGUUCCUUGUUGUUUUCCUUGUGAUUUCACUGCUGACUUUGACCAGGCUGAAAUCAGUCCCCUUUGACCUCUCGUACAAAAACUUCCGCUUUUCGAUUCAAACCUUGGUGAAACUCGUUAUUUCUAGCCUGUUUACAACCAUCUUGAGUUGGACUCUCUUCAUAAAUUCACUUGACGUCAAUAAAACCUGUACGAGACAUCAAAACAUCGUGACCAAUUCUAUGAUCGUGACGCAUGUAAUGUAAUGGAGGAUUCCCCUGUAUGGCAUCCCAGCAGAUAUGCCUCUCAUGCUAUACAGGGGAAUCCUCCGUCAAUAACAUGCGUCACGAUCAUAGAAGUGGUCACGAUGUUUUGAUGUCUUUUACAGGUUUUAUUGACGUCAAAUGAAUUUCUGAAGAGAGUCCAACUCAAGAUGGUUGUAAACAGGCUAGAAAUAACGAGUUUCACCAAGGUUUGAAUCGAAAAGCGGAAGUUUUUGUACGAGAGGUCAAAGGGGACUGAUUUCAGCCUGGUCAAAGUCAGCAGUGAAAUCACAAGGAAAACAACAAGGAAUGCUGUUUGUGAGUUGCUUAUUGUAAAAAAGGAACAUUUAAAUUCUAAUUUAGCUGAUUACUGCCUAAUUUUAUCAGCAAUUCUAGCUACAAAAUUGACUGGAAAUUCUGCGGUAAUUUGCUCGUUUGCUGCGUGUCCGCCAUUUUUGCCAAUUCAUAAUGGCGGCAAAAACUGUGAAAUCGCUUAUUUGGUUACGGAUCCUAAGCAAUUUCCCCUUACUUUUUAUCAAGAGCUAUAAAAAGACUUACUUUUUGUUCUGCCUAAUAAUCAAUGAAUCGUAUCCCCAUAUCCCAGGAUGAAUGUGCAGUUUGCUCGACUGCGCAUUCGAAAAGACUUUGUUUCAUUUAAUGACACCCCACUGAUAAAAUGCUUUCAUUUGUCGUGACAUUAAUUUUCUACAAAACGGUACAGACGAGGAUCUCGCUCUUUUGAAAUUGCGUGUAAGUUCAGACGGGCUUCGUUCUGCGAUAAAAGAUGUGAAUGGGAAAGACAUUAAAUUGGCAAAAUGUUGCAGAACCAUUCACUUCAACCGACGCGAAGCACGACGCGAACACUUUUGACGACUGUGGUCACUGCAGCAACGCUAGGGACCAACAACGCAUCCAUUAUAACGGUUGAAGUGGAAAGCGAGUUGUCGAAGUCGAUAUUUCUAGUUGUUUAUGUUGUUGUUGCUGUCAUUGGUCUAAUGGGAAAUCUAAUAACAUGCUACGUCAUAAUAAGAAAUAGACACCUCCGCAAAGCCGUGCAUUGGUAUACUCUUAACAUGGCUCUGGCUGACUUGCUAGUCAUUCUAUUUUACGUUCCUGUAGAGGUCAUCAAAAACGAGAAUAACAUGACAUGGACUAUGGGAGAGCUCUUUUGCCGUUUUAAUUACUGUGUUAUACCAACCUCGCUUGUUGCCUCUAUCUACACCUUAGUUGCCAUAACAAUAGACAGGCAUCGAGGCGUAACGAAGCCUCUGCGCUGGAGAAGUGACACAGCGUCUAUCGUGAAGAUAUCUGUUCCCGUUAUAUGGUUAGUUGCCAUAGUGUUGAGUAUGCCGCUCAUGUUUGUUGUUGUUGCUCAUCAAUUUCCGCCCGGGAGUGGCGUGUAUUAUUGCUAUGAGCGAUGGGAGACUUUACAAAGUGAAAGGGUUUACUGGACGACUAUAUUUUUUGUACAGGUGUUGAUUCCGAUGUGUAUAACGAUAUCUUUGAGUCUGCACAUGUUCAAGGUGUUGAAACAAUACCGGCUGAGAGACAAAGGCUAUCACAAGAAAAUCAUGCGAAUGACAAUCACUCUUGUUGGCGUCUAUACAAUUUGCUCAUCUCCUCAACAUAUAUUCUUCUUCUGGCACUCCUUUGGAAACCUAACCAGAAUGAAAUUGGGUUUGCAAAAAUCUUUGUUUAAAGCAUCCAACCUUUUAUUAAUUCUUCAAAUGGCAUUGAAUCCAGUAAUCUACGGUACGCUAGGAGAUUUGAAAAGCCCGUUCAGGAUGAUAUUCCAUCGCGUAAAAUAUCGUGCCGUGCACGGAUUCAAAAGAAAGAGGUCUCAGGAGAGUAUUUCAAAUCGUGACGUCAUUGCUGAAAGCGAUUUUCUAAACAAUGGCAAUGCAUUGCAUACAUGAAGAAGAGAUCUACGAGAAUACGUAGCGGCAGAUAUCUAGAAAAACUGCUUCUUUAUUACAACAUCGUCUUCAGAUAGAAUAUAUCAUAUUUCUGUCCUAUAUUGAAUUUACUUAUUUUGUAUUGAUAGGAGAGGUAGGCGUGACUGUUGAGUUAUCAUUUAAUAAUUAGUAAAAUCUAUUGGUUUUCUAGAAUUGAUCUCAUCGUUAACACUUUUUUUAAUUUGAUCUUAUCGUUUAUACUAAAUUUACAUCUAUUAGAACUAAUUGGCUGCAUAUAUUCACGUUAUUUGGAAAUUCUUUCCAGGGACAUUUUUAUCUACUGUUUCAAUAAAUGAAAGCUAAUUUUGACGAUACUCAUUACUUAUAUUAAAGAUAUUUGUGAAACAAGCAAUAAAGCAAGGCUUUUCUGUGCUUUAGUCUGGCAGGUCAAGAAGUGAUCCCAUUGUUUGGGUAACAAAGUACAUACGAACAGCACAAUAGCGGGCGAUGCUGUUUUAGUAAAGGGCUUGCUCAAUCUUAAAGGUGCAUUUCAAAAUGAACUCAUAAGAAAACCAUGUCCAAGAAAAAAUGCUCGACCCAUUCAUCUGCUUUGUAAUUUCAUUCAAAGAAAACCACGUAAACAUUUUCAAAUAGAUUAUAGGGUUGAAUAAGAUUGUUGACUCAAGGAGACAGCAUUUUUCAAAUGUUGGAUAAAUUUGGGAAACUGCUUUUUAUUUGGGUCAGCUACUGAGUUAAAGAAUUACUGCCAGGUCACGACAUGUAACGGCAGAACAAUCUUUAGCCGUUACAUGCCCUUAUCUGCCUACACUUUAGCCAGAAAACCGGAGAUUGUGACUCUUAUUUCGUGCUCAUAGAAAUAAUCGCUGAUCGAAAUUUUGCUGCUAAAUGUGCCGAAGAUGAUAGAGCUCUUUUCAAAGUUUUUAUCGUUUCUAGUACUCGCAAGAGAUCAAAAUGAUACGGUUUAUUGACCAAAUAAAAGCAUUUUCCGAACAUUUAUCAGGAGAUUUCUGCAUCACCUUGCCGAACUGCUUUCGCUAGAUCCAACUUUCUUUUUAGCAAACCAGAAAAAUAUGACCUGCCUUGAAUGGUGCUUACCAGGAGGAAAUCAUAAUUUAAUUUCGAUUUUCAUAUUUUCACAUCUUCUUGCUCUUGAUCUUACUUCAGUAUAAAAUAAGUACAAAAUACACUCAAGUUUAUUGAGUCGUGAUCAGCGGCAGUAUUUCAAACAUCCAAAAAAGAAAAACUCGUAAACGACGAAACCCAUUCGAAUAUUUCCUUUUCAUAGGGUGUCACCCAGCCGAAUACAAAUCUGGGAUAUGGGGCCGUGGGGAUCAUGGGGUAACUCAUGGUUAUUGAAAAAGGUUUUUCUAAAAAUAUCUCCGCAACUGUUAUACAUACCGGAAGGAAACUUGUGGCAGUGGGGGCGCCAGCUACUGCAGAGUGGAAGGGUAAUGGUUGUUGCCAGCGAGACCGCGCCCUUUUUGCCUCGUUUCAGUUCUUUCUACCAGGUUAACUUUUCUUAGAAAAUAUGAUCUACCCCUAUUUAGCACUUUCUAAUCAAUGUGCUAAGUAGGGGUAGAUCAAGGCAGAGCCCAGAA